GAACCAAUCAGGGAAGCUUAGGAUGGUGCGCGCAAGAGGAGCGCUCCUUCUGCGCGCGCGGGACUUGCCUAUGCAUGUUCUACAGCCAAGGGACAAGGGAGCUUGAGUGCAGGGUUUUGCUCUUUGAACGAGUUAGGUCAGACUGGCCAAGGUAGCUGUCCAUAAUGGCAGAAUGGAACAAAUACUAUCGGACUGAAGAUGACGAGGAGGCAGAGGAGGACGGAGAAGAAGCUAAAGCGGACUACAAGUACAGUGGGCGUGAUAGCCUGGUUUUCCUGGUCGAUGCCUCCAAAGAGAUGUUCAUAAAGGGGGAGGAUGGCGAGCCCACUAAUUUCGAUAUGACCAUGGAGUGCGUGCGCAGUGUGUACACCAGUAAGAUCAUCAGCAGUGACCGGGACCUGGUGGCGCUGGUCUUCUAUGGGACAGAGCACAGCAAGAACCCCAAGGACUCCUUCAAACACGUCUACGUCUUCCAUGACCUGGACUCCCCCGGGGCCAAGCGGGUACAGGAGGUGGAUGGCCUCCGGGGGGAGAAGGGGGCGAAGCAGGCGGCCGAAACGCUGGGCAGCGGGGACACGUCUCUGGGACAGGCCCUGUGGUGCUGCUCCAACCUCUACAGCGACAUCAAACUGCGGCUGUCCCACAAGCGCCUCAUGAUCUUCACCUGCCGCGACUCCCCACACGGGGGCGAAGCCGACCUCGACAAGCUGGCGCGCACCAAGGCUGCCGACCUGAGAGAGACCGGUGUGGUCAUAGACCUGAUCCACCUGAAGAAGGCGGAGGGGUUUGAUGUCUCCCUCUUUUUCUGUGACAUCAUGAGCCCCCCUGAGGACGACAACGAGUUGGGGCUGCAGGUGGAGCCUUGUGGGAAACUGGAGGACCUGCAGAAGAGAGUCAGGGCCAAAGACCUGAAGAAGAGAGCGCAGAGCAGGCUGAACCUGACGCUGGGAGCAUCGAAGGUGGCGGUGGGUGUUUACAUCCUUGCCAGGACAGCCACCAAGCCCCCAGCAGUGCGGCUGCACAGGGACACCAAUGAGCCUGUCCGCACCAAGACCCGGCUCUACGACAACAACACGGGCAACCUGCUGCUGCCCAGCGACACCAAGAGAUCACAGGUGUACGGGAAGAGGCAGAUUGUGUUGGAGAAGGAGGAGGUGGACGAGCUGAAGAAGUUUGACGAUCCGGGUUUGGUCCUGAUCGGGUUCAAGCCCAUGGAGCGGCUCAAACUGCACCACCACAUCCGGUCCGCCCUCUUCAUCUACCCCGAGGAGGAGCAGAUCACGGGUAGCUCCUGUGUGAUCGCGGCUUUGCUGCGCAGAUGCAGUGAGAGGGGCGUCUUCGCGGUCUGCAAGUACACCGCCCGCCGGAACACACCACCCCGCUUUGUCGCCCUGGUGCCCCAGAAAGAGGAGCUGGACUCUAACCAAAUACAGAUAAUGCCGCCAGGGUUCCACGCGAUCUUCCUGCCUUUCGCGGAUGACAUCCGUACCCUGGACACACCGCAGUUCCCCACUGCCUCCCGCAGUCAGGUGGACAAGAUGAAGGAGAUCGUCCAUAAGCUUCGGUUCAAAUACAGGAGUGAAGCGUUUGAGAACCCGGCCCUGCAGCAGCACUACAGGAACCUGGAAGCCCUGGCCCUAGACCUGCUGGAGCCUGAACCCAUCGAGGAUUUUACCAAGCCCAAAACUGGGGAAAUGGAGAAGCGACUGGGCCCUCUGCUGCAGGAGUUCAAGGACCUGGUCUAUCCUGCUGACUACAACCCAGAGGGGAAGACCGCAGUCAAACGCAAGCCUGCGGAUGGUGGAGGCGCAGCGGAGAAGAAACCGAAGGUGGAGCUGCCAGAGGCAGAGCUUCGGGCCCAUGUGCAGAAGGGCACCCUGGCAAAGCUAACGGUGCCGGUGUUGAAGGACGCCUGUAAGCAGUUUGGCGUGCCUACCACAGGCACCAAGAAGCAGGAGCUGAUCGACGCCCUGACAAAACAGUUUUCUCACUGAGCAGGAGGGAGGGGAAGAAUAGGUCUUUGUUUUAAGGGAUGAGAAGGCAGUUGGUAUUUGUAUCUAUGUUUUAUGGCAGAAGCCACACAUCUGUGGUAUAGUUUUUCCCCUUGAAACAUGUCACAGAAUACUUGUGUUGUAAUGGGUUUUAAGGAUGUGACUUUUGAUACAUGAAUACAUAUAAAUUGAAAUAAACAUUAA